AUGUCAGAUGGAGAAAUGAUUGACAACGGAUACAAUACAUUUCUUCACACAUUUGCUCACAUGAUGGAGCACAAAGGGCGCUCUGUUCCGAAUGUUGAACGUGUGCACCCAAAUGCAGCCAUAGCAACUGGAGCGGUUGUUGUACAAGAGCAAAUGUUUAACCCCCAUUUGGACGAAGAGGAGAUUAGUGAUCAGAAAGAUAUGAAAGACCGUCUAAGUGAAAUAUUUCACACGUGUAGAGAAACCGAGUGGCCUACUCUUGAAAUAGACAAGUUAAUGCAUCAGAGUUACGGUCUGCAAAGGCAAGACAUUGUUCAGGGUACAAGAAUCAUUGAAGAAGAAGAAACUGAAGAUGCGGAUCUUCCAGAAAAUAAUCAACAAUGUAUUCAGAGACUCAGGGACGAAUGGCCUUUCCUGUUUCAAACAAAAUGGCAGAGUGCUCACUACUUGCAGCUGACAGCAGCACCAAUAGAUUUAGCCAUUGCUCAGUAUGCAGAAGAACAUUUAACACUAAUUAUGGAUUAUCUUUUAACUAACAACACAGACACUGCAAUAAAAUGCCUCAUUUUAAAAAAACAAUGGGAGGCUGCAAACUCCAACCCUAAGACAAGAUUCAUGCUGGCAGUCACCAUGAUAGCAACUUACUUUCAAGAAGACAUCAAGAGUUUCUUCCUAAAAGCUGAGAGGACCACUCCACCAACGGAAGUGCAUCGCUUGGAAGGAAUCUCAGGAGCUCCAACAGUAGUUGCUUUAAAUCAAAACAUCUUUUUGGCAACAAAGUUUUUUGUCUGCAUCGACCAACAAUUAGUGCUAGAGGCAUACACAAGUGAAGAUGCAAUAAAAAGCGUGAUUCAGGCAGCCUUCAUCUUCAGCACUCAUUAUCCCAACAGCCUAAAACACACUUUUGAGUUCCUUGAAAGGAUUGUGUGUAAACUGACCAGCUCAAGACUGUCCGAACCCAUGCUAGUUAUGACCCCAAUAGUUUUAAGACUUAUUAAUGGCAUCAGAAAAUUCCAAGAAAAGUAUAGAAUUUUAUCAGAGAGCAUCUAGAUAAAGAAAACAGUAUAUGAAUUAACAAAAGCUAUGUAAAAUUACAAACA